AGCGAGAGCGAACGCCAGGCGGCUGCACGCGCGCUGCUCAGACAUGAUGCCCAUCAAGAUGGCACUCAUUUUCAUACCAGGAAACCCGCUGGCCUUCAUCCUUCAUACAUCAGUUUCAACUCAUAUACAACGUUGGAUGAGAACUCAAUCACACACGAGGGAUUUGUUGAGGCAGCGUUGCAGGACCUCUUUGAUGCAGCCGCAAUGCAAGACCGUCUCGAUGGUGGGAUCUCUCUCAUUAUUCGUUGUCCUGGGUCCGAAGGUACACCGACUCUUUCACCGGAGCAUCUCUCUCUUGAUCUUUAUAUUACGCCACGUGAAUUACAUGCAUCUCCUGACCGCAUUGGAGGAGAUAUAUCUGUCUUG